GUUCCACCGGGGGUUUGCAUAAGUCCCGCAAAUGCGGCGUCAUUCAUUCAACUACAUCCCUUCUUCUUGUUCUUGUCCUUGUUCUUAUUCUCCUCCUUCUCAUCAUUGAUUUUUCUUACUUCCCUUAAUGCCUAUACCUGCUUUUUCCUAGACUUUAUAGAAAGAAUUAGACGAUAUCCGUCCUUCGACAAUAGAUUAGAAAUUAGAAUAGAUACCUCUUAACUGCCUCAUAUAUACCUAGGUAGCUAUACACUUAAUCAACUACGUCAUCGCCAUGGCGCCCAAUUCGCGGCUCAUCCUCACCCGCCACGCUCAAGCCGAGCACAACGUCAGCUUGGACUAUAGCAUCCACGACGCACCCCUCACGCCUCUGGGUAAGAAACAAGCCGCCUCCCUAGCGCGUCAGAUCCCAGACCUGCAAAGCUCCGCGGAAGUGAUCCUCUCGUCGCCGCUGCGGCGCACGCUGCAGACGACGUACCUGGGAUGGGGCCCCGCGGUGUCGCGGCUCGGGGGCCCGAAGAGCGUGGUGCUGCUGCCGCAGGCGCAGGAGUGCAACGACCUGCCGUGCGACACGGGGUCGGCGAGGGAGGUCCUGGAGCGGGACCCCGAGUUCGCGGCGUUCGACCUCGAGCAGCUGACUGCGGUCCUGGACUGGACUAGCAAAAGGGGGUUCUGGGCGCCGGGCGAGCAGGCGCUAGCGACGCGCGCGGGGUGGGUUCGCAGGUACCUCCGCGACGAGAGGCCCGAAGGGGAUAUCGUGCUCGUGGCGCAUGGGGAUAUUUUGAGGAGGAUCACGGCGAGGCCGGGGGCGGGGCCGAGUGAGUACCCCUGGAAGAAUGCCGAAGUGCGCAUCUUCGAGUUCGACCCGCAGUACGUCGACACCGACGAGUGCUUCCUGUACCAGAAGGAAGACGUCGCGGCUGCGGGUGGCUACGGGCUGACGAGCACGGAGCUGGAGAUCGAGGAGGCCGAGGGGCGGCUGUAGAACCUGCGGCGAUUCAUCGGUCAGGGGCGUAUAGACAAAGAACUGAAAUGUUAGUCAGUGUCGGUUUGACUUAAGUUACCUUGUUGUCCAUAUAGAAAGAUAGAAUAUAGAUGAAGUUGCUGGACUAAGGAAGAGCUAGUACUGCGUGACUGACUCACUGGUCUUGUUCUAAUCCUUAUCCAUACCUCUCUACUUUCUGCCCCUUAUUCAUAUGCUGUGAGUUGAUCCGGCGGUAAAUUCCUACUGUACUGACUUAUUUGCG